AUGGCAGGCUUGAGCUCUGCGUUCCGGGAGCGUUUGGCGGCCCGGCGUGAUGGGCACAGCCGCGCCAAAGAAGAGCGGCCGUCCUAUCUCGCAGUGGGCGAUCCCAAGAAGAGGCUGGUGGAUGAGGCAGCUCUCCUGCACGCAAAGGCCAAGGAGCUGCUGCCGCCCGUGAUCGUGAAGCUUCUGGGCCGCUCGAUGGAUCUCACCAUUGACGAGGCCACGGUAUUCGAGAAACAGGUGGCGCUCGAAGGCCUGAGGGGACGAAACACCAUCCGGGACUUGAAGGAGCGGUUGCUGCAGGAGAACCUCGCCGCCGGCCAUCCCCGGGUCUUUCUGCCGCCCCACGAGCUUUCAGACGAGACCAAGCUGGGGGAGUGCCACAUCCAGUGGACGGGUUUUGGCUUGGACAACUGGCCCCCGAAGUUCGUGGUGAAACCUCAGCUUCAGGGCUUCGAGAUGGUGGUCAACGUGCCGGCGUCAUCCAGUACUGCUGUGUGGGAGACCGUGAAGGGCAAGCGCAAGCUCCAAAAGUACGCCUCAAGGCAGCUCAUCUUCGACCUCCUGCCCGAAACGAGUGUCAUGGAGCUGAAGGGCCUCAUCGAGCAUCGCUUGGGCAUCCCGGCGGCCAGACAGCUUCUGUCCGCAGAAGUAGCCGGCGAAUUCUUUCUGGAAGGGCACACCAGCUACCUCAUAGACCUAGAGGAUGCAUCGACCAUGCAGGAGCAUGGUAUAGAUAGGUUUGGGCACAUCAUCCACUUCAGGAUCAACAGGUUUGAUGAGAACGGAGACUUCGACUUUGAACACGCCACCUUUCUAGACGAAGGCCUGCAUCUGGGCCCUCGAUGA